UGGUGUCGUCCGCUUUUCCCUCCCGGGGCUCGCCUUGUAUAUGAAUCUGUCCGACUUCUACUUCUUCUCGGGUAUGUGCACGAUGACAGCCGAUUCGCUCCACUCGCCCAGCCAAGGGGCCAGCCCAGGUUCCCCUCACCUGCACGGCGCUUCCCCGCCGGGCUGCAAGGUGGAGCCGCCGUCGAUCAAAUCCGAGCCCAGGGGCAGCCCGGCGGAGGCAGGCGAGGAGCAGCUACCUUGCUCCGGUGCAGGCGGCGGCCGUCGGCGGAAGCGGCCCGUGCAGCGCGGCAAGCCGCCUUACUCGUACAUCGCGCUGAUCGCCAUGGCCAUCGCCAACGCGCCGGAGCGGCGGCUGACGCUGGGCGGCAUCUACAAGUUCAUCACGGAGCGCUUCCCCUUCUAUCGGGAGAACCCCAAGAAGUGGCAGAACUCCAUCCGCCACAACCUGACGCUCAACGACUGCUUCGUCAAGAUCCCCCGCGAGCCGGGCCACCCGGGCAAGGGCAACUACUGGACCCUGGACCCCGCCGCCGAGGACAUGUUCGACAACGGCUCCUUCCUGCGGCGCAGGAAGCGCUUCAAGCGCACCGACCUCACCACCUACCCCGGCUACGUGCACAGCGCCAGCGCCUUCACGCCCAGCCCGGGACAGGUCGCCCGCGCAGGCCCUUGCAACGGCGCAGCGGCGGGGGUCGCUUAUGCCGGCGGCGGCGGCCCCCUCUACUCGCCCGGCGGCGCCUACGGAGCGCAACUGGCCGGCCUGCCCCAGUACCCGGCGGCGCCCCCUGCGCUGCAGCCGCGCAUGUUCAGCAUCGACAGCCUGAUCAGCUCGCAGCAGCAGCAGCAGCAACAAGCCGCAGCCCUGCAGGUCUCCCCGGUCGGGGCAGAGAUGGCGCAUCACGCCCUGGGCCUCAGCAGCGCCGGCGAGAUGGGCGCCCCCGAGGGCUGCUUCCAGAGCCAGCAAGUCAGCCCCGGCUUGUUGGGCCGACAGGCCCCUGCUCUGGCCUAUCCGUACUCGGCCUCUCCCCCGGGCCACCUCGGGGUGCCCCAGGGCGCCUACGCCUCGCCCAACACUCAGCUCUACGCAGCGCCCGGCAGGUUGGCCCUGCAGCCUGGCCGCCCGGCCUCCUCCUGCGCCGACCACGCCGAGCAGCUGCUGGGCCUCUCCGCGUCCCAGCUCAACGGGCUCGGGCAGUUCGGAGCCGCCAAUAACUCUUACAUGAGGCAGCCCAACUUUCCCUCCGGACUGGAAAGGUACUUGUGAAGCGGAGGAGGAAGCCAAACAUGUCCCUCUUGGAACACUUUGAAAUAGGAAGCUCGCACCUAGUACUUGAAUGGCCAGCUUUUGAUGAUACUGUGCACCCCCACCCCCACCCCCACCCCGCCACCCCCAAUAUCUCUGAUCCUGGAGAACUACAUGUGGGAUCUACGGGCGCCACCUUUUGUGACCUGAGGCUUUGUGCCUUUAAUGACGCUUCGAGCAUCUGCGCAUAAAUUCUUAGGUGUGAUACACUUGCUUGCCCUAUACGUACUACUGGUGUGCUACCACAUAAACACAGACAUAGUGCCUUUGAUUACAGUUGUUUUCAUUUGGAUUCUCGAAAAGAAGGGGAGAUGCAGAGCAAGUUAAAAAUAAUGCAUUGAAUUAACAUAUGAGGGUUUUUUUUUUCCAGGGUACAUAUUUGUUUGCCAAAGCAGAUUGAUCUGAAGCAAGCCAUAGGCGGGAGAGUUGAGGUGCAAUUUAGAAAUACCAGGCUUGCCAUCCCUAACUAAAGCCUCUCACAGCCAGGGUGGGAAGAGUUGGAGGAGGCCAAUAAAGCCUGGAAAAAAAAACUGGUAAAAAUGCUGGUCCUACAUUUUUAUUAUACUUUUUGUUCCCGAAGGGAUAAGUAGUAUGUUAAGUAGACUUUUACUGAGCUCCAGCUGCCUUGAAGACCCCUGGAUGGUGAGUGAUAACACCUGGCUAUGUGAUACCUCUAGUUUUUUCCUUAUUACAGUCUUUAAAAUUACAUGGUGCCUUAUUUUGGCACGAUACACUUAUGAUUAAAGAAAGACUCCAACGUUUUUUAAAUGGGCAUCUUUUUAAUAAAUUGUUAAGGGCAAUGACUGACACACAUUUUCACUGGCAAUGCAUCUCCCGUCCUGCAAAUGCUUCACUGAAUAGGCAAAUGUACAGCACACUUCAGAUGUAGCACAGUGUUCCGUUUUGGUAUCCUGCCUUAUGUAUAAUAGUGAUUUGCAUUAUACUGAGGAAAAUGUUCAUAAUGUGUAAAAAGUAAUGCACAAUACAUGUAUUAUGCAGCAUUGCUCACUGUUUUAUUCUUACUAUGUAACACAAUAUGUUGCAUAUGGCUUGUACACUGUAUAUAGUGCAUAUUGCAUAUAUAGUUUUCAUACCAUUUAUAGUGCAUAAUGCACAAUAGUGCCUUUCAAAUGAUGCAGACUAGUACAUUUCAUAGAUUUAAGAGAUAUUAAGGAUAUGGGGUUCUUUGUUGAGUUGAUAAACUGUAACCAAAUAAAUAUUUAGUUACAUCAAAGUCCUUGGAUGUAGGUUUGAAGAUUAAUUAUUGGGAUUUGACUGAUUCCAUUGCUUUCAUGGUAGUUGUUGUUCCACAGUUUUAGGAUGAUAUCCCACACUGUCUUAAUUCUAAUUGGACUAUGAAUUGAGCUGUGGUAUUGACAACAUAUAUUGUGAUAUGAAUUUUGAUGUUAACUUAAUACACAAAGGGAACAAUCCUAAAAUGGUCUGUUUAGAAGCCUGUCUCCCCCCCCCCUUUUUUUUUUUACCAGUGGGGCU